UGCUGGUAUAUAACAGGACCUGGGGUCUCUGGCUUUGGGCUAAGAGAAGAAUGGGUCAAGCUGCCACACUACCCUGCAAAAGAGGAGGCACGUAUAUCACCGAACUCUAUGAUUGGUUCAGAAAGUUCAUGAAGGAGUGUCCAAGUGGUCUGAUCACUCUGCACGAGUUCAGGAGGCACUUUUGCGAUGGCACCGUGGGGUCCGAGUCGGCCGAGUAUGCCGAGCAGAUCUUCCGCACACUUGACAACAAUGGGGAUGGAGUUGUUGACUUCAGAGAAUAUGUGACGGCCAUCAGUAUGCUGACAGAAGGCUCAUCAGUGGAGAAACUGCGUUGGUCUUUUAAGCUCUAUGACAAAGACAAAGACGGAACCAUAACCCGAGGAGAGAUGCUAGAGAUCAUGCAGGCUGUGUACAAGAUGAGCGUGGCCGCCUCUAUAACCAAAAUCAACCCCCUUACAGCGGAGGAGUGCACCAACAGGAUCUUUGUGCGACUGGACAAAGACAAUAACGCUAUCAUCAGUCUGGAGGAGUUCAUUGAGGGAGCUUUGGGUGACGAGUGGAUCAGAGAGAUGCUCGAGUGCGACCCUAACACUGUGAAGGUCGAGCGGCCACCAAAACGGUCUCUGCAUGAUGAACAUGCAACUGGGGUGAUGGACGUCCUGCACCUCCCAUCUGCAUCCCCUGAAAACAAUCCGAAUCCAAGACUGCUGUGAUUAUUACAUCAAUUAUUUCCUGAUUCCAGGUCAGGAGACUGGACAGUGAAGGGACCCAACAUUAUUCACCACCUCAAGAAGAACUGAACCCAGAUCAUGCACUUAACCCUAUAAGGUGUUCAUACUGUAUUUUUGUUACUCAGCCAAUGUUCCUGGGUCUGGUGGACCCACCACAUUAUUAGGCUUUUAUGUAAAAAUAUUUAUCAGGUGUUUACUUUAGCUCAAUUACCAAUGAUUAACAUCAUGGUUUAUAUUUGCCAUU